AUGGCUAAAAUUUUCGUCAAAGAAUGGGAUAUGGUUAAGACACUCAAUGAAUUUAGGAUCCAAAUAGAAUCUCAAGAUACAAAAGCAUAUCUUAGUGCACAGAAGGUGAUGCCUAAGUUGAUGAAUGAGAUCAUGGAGGCCCAGAAGCACGAUAAAGAGGUAGCCUAUAUCAAGGGACAUCUGGAAUCAGGAGAACCCAUGCUCAAUUGGGUAAUUCACCCUGAUGGGAGUUUAAGCUACCAAGGUAGAUUGUUUGUACCAAGUGACAAGCUGCUUAGAGAAAAGAAUGAGCAAACUGUUCACAGUACCAGUGAAGGAAGUUUGCAUAAAGUAUUGGAAUUGACGGAGAUCUAUAAACCAAGUGUGCAUGUUAAUCCAAUUUUUGCUUCUGUGGGAACUGAUACUUCGAAACUUUACAGUGCAUCAGAAGCCACUGAUGUUGUCUUUAAGUACAUCGAACAAGAAAAUCUAAUCAAACCAACAAAUAAGUCAAUUGUGAUUUUGGAUGCAGCACUAUGUGAUGCUUUGUACAAAGGAACCAUCAAGAAAGGCUCAACUUACCCAACUGAAAUUCAUAAGAAGGAUUUAGGGCAUACAUUUAUAAAUCGAAUGCAACCUCAUCACAGAGUUACUAGGGGAAGUGAGUCAGUUGUCCGCAAAGGUGCUUUGAAAACCAUUCAAAUAAUGACAGAGCGGAGACAAGGUAACAAGAAAGUAACAAAACUCUCGGGGAUGGAGUCAUUUUUGAUGGAUGCUGAAGCAUUGGCGUCAGAGCUGCAGAAGAAAUUCGCUUGUAGUACAUCCGUGGCAAAACUACCUGGUAAGAAAGGACAUGAAGUUCUGAUUCAAGGGGGUGUGAUUGAUGAUCUUGGAAGACAUUUGGUUGAGCAGUAUGGUGUCCCAAAGAGAUACAUUGAAGUUCUUGAUAAAACAAGGAAAUGAUUCUUGAGGAAGGAACUGAAUGAAUUCUGUUUGGAGGAGGGUAGUAUCAUUGAAGCAGUGUCUGUCUGGGCUUUCACUGCCCCUCUUUCACAGUCAAGAAAGAAAGUGAGGGCCGGAAAUGAAUCCUGUUCUUGGCCUCUUGGUCAAGAUGAAGAGACCUUAGAAGCAUAGUUUUGCAUUUUUAUUUUCAUUACCCUUAUUUCUCUUCUUUAAGUAGAGUUUCAGAACUUGCUGCAACACACUAAAAAGAAUAAAUGUUGCGAAAACCUUUAAACAUUUUAUUUUGUUUUAUUUUUUAUACAUUGGAGGGGGGAAGGGAGUUGAACCCAUGACUACCUAGUGAGGUACACUGGGCUAACCCUGUUGUUCUCUACUAUAAACUCUCUAGAAUAUGCCAAAAUUGAUAUUUAUUUAUUUAUUUUUUCUGCUGCUAGGUAACUUGUAUAGCUUGAUAUAUAUGUUUCUAGAGCUCAUUGAUUUUUGAUAUAUAUGUGUGGCAUUGACAUUGAGGAAUCUAUCAACAAAUUUCCCUUCUA